CUCUGCCGUAACCUCGCCUCCUCCCAACGUCUUCCUGGACAAACACACGUGGAUUUCCACUGACGCCAGGCAGAAACAAAAACAUGGCAAGUCAGGGACUCGUUUACGACGGCUGCAAUUUCUUCAGACAGCGGCUGGUUUUGUCCACACUCAGCGGGAAGCGUGUUAAAAUCAAGAACAUAAGGUCUAAAGAUGACGACCCGGGGCUCCGAGAUUUUGAGGCCAGCUUCAUCAGACUGUUAGACAAAGUGACCAAUGGCUCCAGAAUAGAGAUUAACCAGACAGGUACUGUGUUAUUCUAUCAGCCUGGCCUGUUGUACGGAGGGUCUGUCGAACAUGACUGUAACCAGCAGCGCUCGAUCGGUUACUACCUGGAAGCCCUGCUCAUGCUGGCUCCAUUUAUGAAGACCUCCCUGAAGGCCACUUUGAGGGGCGUCACCAAUGACCCAGUUGAUCCGACGGUCGAUCUGCUAAAGUCCACAGCCCUUCCUGUGAUGAAGAAGUUUGGUAUUGGUGGGGAUGGCUUUGAGCUUAAGGUGGUGAAGAGGGGUAUGGCACCGGGUGGUGGCGGAGAGGUAGUUUUCACAUGUCCUGUCUGUCGGACCAUGAGGCCGGUCCAGCUAACUGACCCAGGAAAGAUCAAGAGGAUCAGAGGAGUGGCAUAUUCGGUGAGAGUUUCUCCUCAGAUGGCGAACAGGAUAGUGGAGUCUGCCAGGGGCGUCCUCAACCAGUUCCUUCCAGACAUCUACAUCCACACCGACCACAUGAAAGGAGCCAACUCGGGCAAGUCUCCAGGUUUUGGCCUGACAUUAGUGGCUGAGACGCUGAACGGCUUCUUCCUUAGUGCUGAGAUGUCGUCCACACCGCAGGGGCAGGGAAACCCCGUACUGCCUGAGGACCUCGGUAGGAACUGUGCCAAGCUACUUUUGGAGGAGAUACACCGGGGUGGCUGCGUGGAUUCAUCCAAUCAGAGCCUGGCGCUACUCUUGAUGACCCUUGGCCAACAGGACGUGUCGAAGGUUCUGCUUGGACCCCUCUCCCCAUACACGAUCGAGUUCCUCAGACACAUUAGAGAUUUCUUCCAGAUCAUGUUCAAGAUCGAGGUCCAGAAGCCUUUUGAGGACGAAAGGAAAGGAGGAGACAAGGUCCUGAUGACCUGUGUAGGAGUUGGUUACAGCAACAUAAACAAAACUCUUAAAUAAAAUAAGUUUUUUUUUUUUAAUAUAAAUGACACUGUGUCAUCUUCUAUCCCUGCUCACUCACAUCCCAUAGGAGAAUAUAGUAUUUUUAUUUUGUUAAACAUGAAGGUUAUGACACUGGCUGUUUGUAUGUUUCCAACUUUUAAGUUGUUUGUGUUACAAUAUACCAGAAGAUAAAAUAUUUAGUAAGAAAUCUGCAGUUAUAGCAGUCACAUGAAAUACAUUCAACAGCAUCUUCGUAUCCAUGAAUAUCAGCUUCUUCACCCAGCAUGCAUGAUGCUGUGGUUAAAACAUCAAAGUCUGGUUGCACAUUACUGGAAUUCCACAUUUAAAAAGCACUUCUAGAUGGUUAGUUCCAGUCAUCGUCAGGGCUAGGUUCAGGAGAAUGUAUCAGUAUGAAUCUAAUAAAAAGGUCAUGGACUGGU